AGUCCUCUGCAGAGUACCAACCAGCUCGACAGAGACACCCGGAAGGCACGAAAGUCAAUUUGAGAGAGCAGCAUGAAUCGCUUUAAGACCUCCAAAUUCAAAAACACCACUCCGAAAAUUGCCAAGAAAGAUGAAUGGAUCAACAACGUCCAGGCUGGCUCCUACUCCUGCCAGGGGAACCACAUCAGAGCCAGCUCCAGGCUGGUGGCCUUCAACACGGAGCAGGCUGGUGGAGGUAUGCUGGGCCUGUCCUCAGUCAGACCUGGUCCGGAUGGCCAGUGGACAGUCACACAGGUUUCCUGUCACUCUGAUCUGGUGACUGAUAUGGACUUUUCUCCCUUUGAUGAAAGUCUCCUGGCAACAUGCUCUGCAGAUGAAACGGUGAAGCUGUGGCGUUUGUGUGAUCCAGAGCAGCAGCAGCCCGGCGCUCCGGAGCUCACCCUGCUGCCGGGUCAGGGCCGGCUGGAGCUGCUGCUUUUCCACCCCACCUCCUCUGGGCUGCUGGCUGUGGGCGCCAACAAGACCCCACUGAUUUGGGACAUCAGCCGCCAGGAUUCACCACUAGCAGCUCUGGAGCAGCACGGCGACCAGCUGCAGAGUCUCAGCUGGAAACAGGACGGCUCCCUGCUGGCCUCCUCCUGCAAGGACAAGAUGCUGCGAGUGUUUGACCCCAGAGCCCAGCUGACACCUGUCCAGAGCGCCAAGGGCCUUCAGAACAACAAGGAUUCACGCAUCCUGUGGGCCAAAGACGACUUUUUACUCACCACCGGCUUUGAUAUGAUGCGCGGUCGGGAGGCGAGGCUUUGGGACAGCAGGAAGCUGAGUUCUUCGGUCAGCUCGGCAUCACUCGGCACAUCCAGCGCGAUGGUGGUCCCUCUCUUUGAUGAUGACACUGGUCUGCUGAUACUGGCCGGCACGGGGGACACUGUGGUCGAUUGCUUUGAAGUGUCGUCCUCAGAGCCUUUCCUCACCCAAGUGAGCCACUGUCUGACAGACACCUCAACACGAGGCGUUGCCAUGGUGCCCAAGCUGGCGUUGGAUGUCAUGUCCUGUGAAGUGAUGCGUGUGCUUCAGCUGACAGACAGCUGCAUUGUUCCAAUCAGCUAUCAGGUCCCUCGCAAGCGUUCAGGCCAGGAGUUUCAUGACGACCUCUACCCGGACACAGUGGGCACCACAGCAGCCAUGUCUGCUGAGGAGUGGUGGCAGGGAGGGAACAAGCAGGUGGAGAAAGUCAGCCUCCACCCAGACAAACAGCCCAAAGCAAAGGCUCCACCAGCAAAACAGAUGUCUGCAAAGAAGGAGCUGACCAGUGGGGGGAGCAAGGAGGAGCCAGCACGUGGCUGCUCCACCUCCAGCAGUCCUCUGAGCACCCCCAGCAGCAGCAGCGCUGCCCCGUCCCGCUCCCCCUCCUCCACCUCCGGCCUCUCCUCAGGCUUCCUGCCCAGUCCCAGUCCCAGCCAGAGCACCAAGGCCAUCCACAACCUGCUGGGGCCGACCUCCAAGUUCCGUCACGUCCAGGGAGCGGUGAUGCACCGGGACACACACAUCACCAACCUGCGUGGCCUCAACCUGACCACUCCAGGCGAGUGUGACGGCUUCUGUGUCAACAGCCAACGUGUGGCCGUGCCCCUCGCCAUCUCUGGGGGCCAGAUCGCCGUUUUUGAGCGCUCUCAGCCUGGCAGGCUCCCUGACACGGCCCAGGCCACCAUCCAGAACUCCGUCAAUGUGGUCGACUUGUCCUGGGACCCCUUUGACACGCAGCGGCUGGCUGUGGCUGGCGAUGAUGCAAAGAUCCGGGUGUGGCAGGUCCCAAAGGGAGGCCUGACAGAGACCCUGACCGAGCCUGAAGUCAUCUUGAGAGGCCACACGGAGAAGAUUUACUCCAUCAAGUUCCACCCUCUGGCCAGCGGACUGCUGGUGUCCUCAUCCUACGAUCUCUCCGUCAGAAUGUGGAACGUGGAAAGCGGAGAACAGGUCAAAGUCCUCACCGGACACCAGGACCAGAUCUUCAGCAUGGCGUGGAGCCCAGAUGGGAAGCUCCUGGCCACAGUGUGCAAGGAUGGAAAAGUUCGCAUCUAUGACCCCCGCAAGUCCACUGCACCUGUGCAGGAGGGCCCAGGUCCUGAGGGCCACCGGGGAGCUCGUACAGUCUGGGUGUGUGACGGCAAGUUCCUGCUGGUGUCAGGAUUUGACAGCCGCAGUGAGCGAGGACUCUACCUGUACUCCGCUGACUCCUUGUCCUCCGGAGCCGUCGCCAGCACCCAGCUAGACGUCUCUCCUUCCACACUCAUCCCUUUCUACGACGCUGACACCAGCGUGCUCAUCCUCACUGGAAAGGGUGACACCAGAGUUCACAUUUACGAGGUGCUCCCUGAGGAGCCGCACUUUCUUGACUGCAGCUAUUUUAACUCCCCUGAGCCACAUAAGGGCUUGGCCUUUCUGCCCAAGACAGAGUGCAAUGUGCGUGACGUGGAGAUCGCUGUGGGACUUUUGCUCACCAAGACGAGCAUCGAGCCGGUGGCCUUCAGAGUCCCUCGAGUCAAGAAAGAGUUUUUCCAGGACGAUGUGUACACAGAUACUGCAGUGUGUUGGGAACCAGCACUGACUGCCUCCGCCUGGCUCUCUGGCUCCAACGGCCAGCACAAGAAGAUCAGCCUGAAGCCUAAAGACAUGACACCAGUGAGUGAGGCCCCUAAAGAGGCUCCAGUCAGGAAAUACCUUCCCUCAUCAGUUUACCUGGAGGAGAAGACUGACGAGCAGAAGAAAGAGGAGUUGCUCAGUGCCAUGGUGGCUAAGUUGGGGAACAUGGACGACCCGCUGCCACAGGAGUCCUUCGAGGGGGUCGACGAGGACGAGUGGGAUGACUAAAGGAGACGCCAUCUUGCCUUGGGUUCAAUCAUGGUGCCAACAGCAGAUCGGAGAGAACAGACCAACUGUCAAGUUACGUUGCCAUUUGUGUGUGUGACGGUGCCACACACACACAUCCUCAGAGCUUAAUCAGCUAACAUCUCAGCCUACUGCACGCACAAACAACACUGUACAAUGUGAAGGUAUACAUGAUUUGGGAAAAAAUAAAUAAAUCACAAAUAUGAUAUCAGUAUGUAUCACAGUGUUAAGGUUUAGAAAAUCAAAUGUCAUGUCGUCUAGUUUGGUGUUUAUCUUAUCUGACUGCAUGAAAUUUGAUAUGGAAAUCAUUUUCGGCUAUAAUUCUUAAAUAUUUCAGAAAUCACGUUUGGGGGGGGGAAUCUGACGUAGUUAUUGAUUUUUGAUUUUUUUUUAUGUUAAUGUAGACUAUAAAAUCACACUAUUCAAGAUAUUUUAGCAGGAAAUAGUCCAUUAAAGUCAUAUGUCAGGACACCUCAAACAUAUUUCUGGUAAAGCAACCAACAGCAGCCAAUUAUAGCAAUAAUACUUCUGCUUUAUGCAACAUUACCAGUAGUAACUGAUGGAACAGAACAUUUCAUUUUAGUGGAUGAGUAAAAUACAGGUGCAUCUCAAUGCAUUAGAAUAUGAUGGAAAUGUCCAUGAUGGAAACGUCCAUUUCUAGUAGUUCUAGUCAAAUAGCUCCAACCAAGUAUUGAUUCAUAUAGAUGGAAAUACUUUUCAGAGGCCAACAUUUCCAUAUUAAUAGUAAUCAAAGUGUUUUUAUUGAUUUUCAUAUUCAAACAACAAACAUCCCAUUCAAGACAAAAUAGUAGGAUUCAAAAUAAACAUCACAAAUACAGGUCUAAACUACAGACAAAACCAACAUUUUCCAUACUAAACAUACUUUUUAAAAUUGGACUUUUGUAAUAUAAAAAAAAAAUGAGACACUGAAUGUUAGGUCUUCAUUAAAUGUAAGUUAUAAUCAUUAUAAUUAGAACAAAUUAAAUAAAUUAGACAUUAAAUGUUUCAUUCUGUGUGUAAUGGAUCUAUAUAAUGUGUUAUUUCCACUUUUUGAAUUGAAUUACUCACAUAAAUAAACUUUUCUAUGAUAUUCUAUUUUAUUGAGAUGCACCUGUAGCACAGCUUCUCUUUUUCUUUGGUAUGUGACCAUGCUUUAACCCUUUAUCAGGCAAAGAACUAUAUUCGGUAACUUCAGGUAAUAUUUCGAGAAAAAAGUUGCAAAUUUAUUAGAAAAAAAGUUGCAGAUUUAAGAGAUUUAAAGUGGCAAAUCUGUGCAAGAAAAGUCGGCGAUUUACGAGAAAAAAGUGGGAAAAAGCAACUUUUUUCUCCCAGAUUCACCACUUUAACCCUUAAUAGGGCACUCAUUGAAAUUCUUGCAAAUUCCAAAUUUCAACCCUACAGAAUAUUGGAGGAUAUUACAUACUGCCAGAAUGUGUAAAAAAAACAUACGAAAAUAAUAUUUUGAGAAAAAAGUUGACAAGAUUAAAGUGGCAAAUCUACGAGAAAAAAAAACGUAGAUUUAUGAGAUUUAAAGUGACGAAUCU